AUUUUGACGAGACUGCAUACACCCUGCCUGUACUUCGACCAGCCUAUCGCGCCACCAUUGCAGCCAUGCCGCCUGCGACGAGGACUCUCUGCAUCGGGGAGGUGAUGGCACUCCUUCCAAGCCCCUCGGAUCUACUGACGAAGACUUCUUCGAAGUGGUUCGACGACCCCGACCUGCAGGGCAACGACCCGGCUCGCAUGGCGCUGUUCUGGGGGUUCCAUAGCGCCCGACACCUCGCCGGCGGGGCGGGGGCCGCGGCCCCGGGCCCAGCACCACCGAGCCUGUCCAUGUGGAACAGCCCGCUUCCCUCCUCAGGGGUCGUGAAGAAUGAAGAGCACAUCGCGAAGGACGAGAACGGCAACGUCGUCAGGGGGCGACGGAGGAUAGGGAGUGCAGAGGUCUUUCCCGUGAAGAUGCAGCAGGUCCCCGUCAAAGAGCAGGCUGGCCUCUCCGUCAGUUCUCAGACCUCCCCCGCGGAGGUGCAGCAGGUGCCCGCCGUAGUGGACGCUGGCGCACCUGCUAGCCCUGCGAUCUCCCCCGUGAAGGUGCUGCAGCAGGGGCCCGUCGAAGCGGAGGCUGGCGCGCUGGCCAGUGCUGAGGCCCCCCUCGUGGAGGAGCAGCAGCAGGUCCCCGCGCACAGCGCCCUCACCAUGGAGAGCGACUCUCCCGUCAGCAAUUGGCAGGCGAUACCGGCCGCCGAGCUGGAGUCGUGCACCGCGAGAGCCGGGGGCCCCAGCGCCGGCGCGGACGGGGCCACGGAGGACACAGUGCUGUCCUCUGUGGACGGGGCCCCCACGGGACAGCCCGGUUGCACGGACGAGUCUGCGGGAACAGAUGCUGCGGUUACAGCAUUUCUUCAUUCGAUGUACGAGUCAACUCGCACGUCGCGCUCACCGGAGUUCGUCCCGCCCCAGUGGGGCUCGGCUCACCAGAGCCACCAACACGCUUCACCAGCUGAGGCUACUCCUGGCACGGCUUCCGCGGCUCCGUCUCUGACGGUUUCCUACCCCCUUUACCUGUAUGGGGGAACCAAGUAUCAAUGCCCAGUGCCGUCUGGUAGUGAACCUACAGGAUUUUCCACCCAGUUCCUGACACCAGAUCAGUCUCAGUAUGGAUGCCAAUUGCCUCAGUACGGCUGUGAGUUACCCCCUCACUUGCUUCAAAAGAAAACAGCACAGCAGAGCAGCUUGGAUGUGGAGGCACCGGCUGCUAGUAGGCCUAACAGAAUCUCAUUUAAUAUAAAGGAGCUCAAGAAACGAAUAACAACCCACCUCAAACCUUGCGGUCCCGACCCAAACACCUAACGUGUUUUCCAUUGUAAUCUGGUUUUU